UUAACUAUUUCCCCUGAUUACCCCCCGAGGCCACACUCUUUUUAUCUCCCUGCCAUCCUUGUCCUCUCCUUGCUUAUAUCAUUCUCCGCCGUCUGGUUUGGGGUUAGCAGUCGAUCCCACGGGAACCACUUCAGGGUUCAGCCAUUAAAGGAGAUUUCUUGUUUCCUUUCCCUUGGAUUCUCGAUCCCACGAGGAUUCUACGGUGUCCAAAAAAUAGCAAUCUUUCUCUCAAGAUCGGCUAUUUCUAGGGUGAGGGUCUUGGAUUCGGGGGCAGAGACAACCAUGAGGGUCCACCCAGCUCCCAAGAAGCGGAACAUCACCUUCCGGUACGACGUCAGCACCGCCCUCUCGGCAGCGGAGGCGGUGGAGCUCGGCCACCAGAAGAAGCUCCGCCGCCUGCCCCACAUCUUCAGCAAGGUCCUCGAGCUCCCUCUCGCCGCCGACGCCGACGUCGCCGUCCACGAGGGCCCCGACGGCUUCCGCUUCGUCGCCGCCGCCGACGCCGACGGGGGCCUAUCCGGCGGAGCCGUCCGGGCGCACGCGGUCAGGAUCUACCCCGGCGUGAUGAAGGUCGUGGUCCGGGGCGGCGCCGCCGGCGUGGACGACUGGGACCUGGACGGCCUUGAGCUCAACCGGUGGAGGUUCCGGCUCCCACCGUGCACCAGGCCCGCGCUGGCCGCCGCCGAUUACAUCGAUGGAGAGCUCGUGGUGACCAUUCCGAAGGGCGAGGGCUCCGAUGAGUCUGAUGAUGAUGAUGACGAGGAGGAGGAUGGUGGAGAGGCGGAGCUUUGGCGUCGAGAGGAGAAAGGGGAUCUCAGAGGCAAUGGAGGCAUCGGCCGGCUUGUGGUUGUACAGUAAUAAGCUUUAUUGCUCCACUUUAUAGAUAAAGAUGGUUCUUUUGAAUCAUGGAUGAACUGUUUGUUAUGUGGUUUUCAAUUCAAUUGAAGAAUCUUUGAUGUAAUUGUAUAUGGUUCUGGUUUUGUUUACUUUGCAAUUAGCUUGUCAAGUUCAUCCUUCUAUCUUCUUGACCAAUUUUCUCUUUGUCAAUGAAGUGGAGAUUUCUUGAUUA